AUGCACCCCCGUAUUUGGCACCUUUGGCUUUGGGCUGCUGCUACCUGGUCUCCGCUGUCCUGCACAGAGACUUCUUGUGGGCAGGAUGAAGACCAACACUGCCUCCUGCAGUCUGCUUCGUCAUUGGCUCCAGAGCAAAGCUCGAGCCAG